AUGACCAGUUUCAUUGGUAGAGGUAAGGGAAUAUGGAGUUGAAAAGAAAGGCAGUUUAGUGGUCUCCGCCGCCACUCCAAGCAAAUCUAGAACGCACGGGAUGAACUCGCUGGACGAGAGCAUCGGAACAGCCUUAUCCAACUGGGAAACGGAGCUCACUCCAUUCUCGGACGAUGAAGAAUACACUUGUCAAAGUAUACCGGAUGUAAGCCAAAGCCUUUAUUGCUCUUUUAGAAAGAUUUUGGUACUGUAAUUUAAGGAGCAAAGUAAUUUUCUUGACUGAUACAUCAAUCUUGCUUCAGUUCAACGGAACCGCUUUAUUUAUAAGGAUUUUUUCUGCCGGCUUUUAACUGUUUUAUGUAUAGAUUCAUUUCUAGGAACGUCGAAUCUACCGUAAACCUCAAAUGGCCGCGGCAACUGUUCGAAUUCGACUGAAGCAAGAGAAGGAAAAAGAAUUAAACACUCUCAUCAUACCUUCUGCUCAAAGUCCGGCCAAAACUUUCGCCGCUGAUGUCGGGCCGGACAUGGAGAAUAUGGAAACUGAAAGCAAAAAACAUCAACAACAUGUACGUAAACAUCCUAGAAUAAUUAGGAACGCUAUAAUUAUAAGCUUGCUUGAAAUAUGACGUCAUUAGAAUAUUGAUGAUUUUUUAUUUGAUGCUACUUUACCUAAAGUAUUAUAAUUUUUUUUAGAUCGUCAAGACUCUUAAAUACGAAGUGAUGAGUGAAUACAACACCAAGAUCCGAUUCCACCAUUUCCAAAAAAGCGAGAUCAAAGAAUUCAGUGAGGAACGUCGAAAACAUUAUCAAGAAGCCCUCAGAAAACGGGAGAAAUGGCUCGCCGACGCUAAGAAGUUGUGA